AUGGAUCCCAUGCCUCCUCACAACGUGACCAAAUUUGUUCUCCUGGGACUCACACAGAAUCCACACUUGCAGAAAAUACUCUUCAUUGUCUUUUUGCCCAUUUUCCUAUUCACGGUGCUGGCCAAGCUGCUCAUUGUCAUCACAAUCUCCCUCAGCCCCACACUUUCUGCCCCCAUGUACUUCUUCCUCAAUCACUUGUCCUUCCUAGAUGCCUCUUUGACCUCUGUCACCACCCCCAAAUUGAUCAUUUACCUGCUGUACCAAAGGACAACCAUCUCCUGGGCUGCCUGCCUAACUCAGCUCUUUAUGGAACAUUUCCGGGCGGGAUCAGAGGUCACCAUCCUCACCAUCAUGGCCCAUGACCACUAUGUGGCCAUCUGCAAGCCUCUGCACUACAUGGCCAUCAUGCAACAGGGGCUCUGCCAGCUCCUGGUGGUGGUGGUCUGGACUGGGGGGAUCCUGCGUGCCACUGUACAGGUUGUUUUCACCAUGGACUUCAUUGAUCACUUCAUGUAUGAUUUCUUCUCACUGUUGGAACUUGCCUGCAGCGACACCUACAGGCUGGGAAUGGUGGUGGCAGCUAACACAGGGGGCAUGUGCUUGCUUAUUUUUUCCAUGCUCCUCAUCUCCUACAUAGUCAUCCUGAUCUCCCUGAAAUUCCAUGGCUCUGAAGGACGACGCAAAGCCCUUUCUACAUGUAGUGCCCACUUCACAGUAGUGGUAAUGUCUUUUGUUUCUUGUAUAUUCACUUACACGCGUCCUGUGGCUGUUUACCCUGCAGACAAGUGGGUGGCUGUGUUCUUUGCAAUCCUCACUCCUAUGUUUAACCCUAUUAUUUACACAAUGAGAAACAUAGAGGUGAAAAAUGCCAUAAGGAGUUUAUUGAAGAGGGGAGUAAUUUAG